UCACAAUCGACUUUGUUCCUGAUCAUCGUCGGGAUAGCGACCGAUGUACGGCAUUCGACAACGAAGCUGCGACGGGAGGCUGCAGACCGACACCUGACUCUUGAGAGCACUUGUAACCGUAGCUGGGUUUCAAUGCCAGCAGGCAAACAACCGGUUGUGGCAUAGAGCACAGCCAAUUGGAGCUUAAGUUCAAGACGAGGCUGUCAGGCUGCAACCUCAUACUCACAGUCACAGGCUCACAGCACAGCGCACCUUGGGACGAUCCGCAGCCGGACCACCUCUGCGAUCAUCGACCUCCGGCGCUUCAUCUUUGCUGCCUUACAGUGCGCGUGGGAUCCCGGUCAAGGCUACUCCUGUAGCAUCCCCUUCAGACAAGAUUCGAGCGCACUGCCACUCGGUUGCGACUGGGAUACCUCUGCGCGAAUCUGAGCAGCUGUGAGGUUACAGGCGUACAGCUUGCCUCUCCAGAGUGAAAGCGGUCAUCCCAAUAUCUCUGAUCUUGAAACCGAAGUCCAGCCUGCCGACGUCACGAUCUGUCGGCGAGUCACGAACUAUAAUAUUCGACAUCUUGGACAAAACCUGCAUGGUCACGUCGUGCCCAGACUGAUAACUACAAGUGAACCAUGGCGAGGCCGUUGAGCAAUGACGCAGGUGAAGGGCCGCGAGGACGAGCGGCAACCUCACUUAAUCACCCUCAGCACAGCACCCGAUCCUGGACACAUAACGGUAUCCACUACACAGUCCAUUCUACAUCCUAUGCGACUCCGGGUCUGAGUUUCGGGUCUUCUUCUGGCACGGCGAACGGGCCUUUCAAUUUCGACCCAUUUAUGUCAUCGCAUCGAGGUCAUGCCUCAAGAGCAACGCCAUUCGGACUUCUUGGAAGCGCCUUUGGUCUACUGGAAAAUACAUUAGCCAUGCAUCCACAGCACACCAUUGUCGGAGACCAUGGCUUUGGUCAAGGGAGCCGACGCCAAGUCGAGAUCGAUACACCGAACGACAAUUACGAUUGCGAUUUGGCAUACGAGGGUCAUAAUCUCACACCUAAUCGACGAGCACGACCCAAGUCUAUAUUCUCGAGGUUAAAAGACAGAUUGGUAGAUGCCAAGCAACACCAUCGCGAGGACAGCUCCAGCAGUCGUGAGCGGUCUUUUGAAGAGGACCGUUCCAGAAGAUCAUCGCGCAGACACAGCGUAUACCCAGCCGAAACUCGGCCACCUGCCCGUGAAGCAACAAAAGAACGGCCACCAGAGUUCAUCGAGGUUGACUAUCACGACGAAACUGAUUCCGAGCCAGAAUACACGCAUAGUCGAGGUCGCACCAGCUCCGAACAGCGAAGUGCAGCUGACGCGACCAUGAUUGAAAGUCUGGAAGAUGCUGUAGAGCUCGAAGAACGGAAUGUUCGAGGCUGCAAGCAAAAGCUUGCUAAUGCUUCGAAGCAAGCCAACAUCAACUCGGCGUAUCUACAACGCAUCAUAGACGAGCUGAAGGAGCACGAAAGGAGGCUGGCAAUGGCAAUGAAUGACCUGGAUGAAGCGAAGGCGCGAAGGAUCAGAAACAAACGACCUGAGUUACCAACUCGCCCAUUGUCCUACAGACGAUCUGAGAUGCCACCUCGAGAAAAGUCUCAAGAGCCGCCGCGUUCACGCCCUCGACAAUCUCAAUCCACACGUAAUAUGCGUGAGCAGUUCUUCGACCCCUUUGGUGGAUUUCCAGGACACCCGCCUCAUGCGGAUCCUGUGAUGCAAGCUUUUCAGAACCUGCAUGGCUUACAUGCUGAACACGCAAUGCAAUUCGACCCUUUCAACCACUUUUUCGAACAGAGUCGACCGUUCGCAGAAGAUGCACAUUUUCGCUUUUUUGCUACCCCUGGUGAUGGAUUUCAGCAGGGUGCAGUCCCUCAAGGGCAAAAGAAACGCACAAGACACAGCACUGGUGGUGCACAACCCAACGUCCAGCACACGUAUGCCCCUGCAGGCACCGCGAACUUCGCUCGCCCUCUUCGACGCACACCUGUCGCUCCUCAGCCGCCUGCUACUGUGCUCAGAUCGGAUGAAGCGAAGCGACUUUUCGCAGCCUAUGACGAAAAGUGGAAGUCACUCCCGUCAACGAAUCCUGACAUACCAUACCCAGCACGCGGCUUACAUGCUGGAGGUCUCGCAGCCAGAGAGUCACUAUGGGCGCCUCACAUCAGCACACAUGUUGGUUCCUGGUCAGAAGAAACAGUCAUGCAAGCCAACGCGCAGGCCUUCUUUCUCGGAGUCGUGGGUCUAUCUCCGAUGUAUACGCAACAUCCAGCUACGGGGCGUGUCGAGGUGGGCUUUGACAAGUCGCAGGCUACUGCGCAGCAGAUCCAACAAUUGGUGGAUAUCUUGAAGAAGGAGAAAAUUAGAUGGCAUUCCGAUCGGUUGGGAAGACGAAAUGGAGGCAGAUCUGGCCCGAAUGAGGCGUUGCAGAAGGAUGAGAGGGCGAGAGCAGUUUUUCAUGCUGUGUGUGAACUUAUGGAGCGUGCGCAAUGAGUGUGGUGGCAGUAAUGAUAAGAAGAUUGAAUGCCAAAUGAAAUGAUUGAC